AUGCCCAAUUCAGAGAGACAUGGGGGCAAGAAGGAUGGGGGUGGAGGGAGUUCAGGGGCCAUGCAUCCAUCAUCUCUGGUUGGUGGUGGCAGCUCAAACAGCAGAGAGCAGCAUAGACUUGUGUCCAAACACAAGAGGCACAAGUCCAAGUACUCCAAAAACAUAGGCUCUCUGGCCCCUGAAGCAGCCCCACUGAGCACCAUGAUCAAGCCCCUGGUGGAGUACGAUGACAUCAGCUCUGAUUCAGACACCUUCUCUGAUGACAGGGCCUUCAAGCUAGACAGAAGAGAUAAUGAUGAUCGUCGGGGUACCGAUAGGAGUGAUCGGCUCCACAAACAUCGCCAUCACCAGCACAGGCGUAUCAGAGAGCUAUUGAAAACCAAGCAGAUAGAGAAGGAAAAGAAGGUGGAAAAAAACCAAGAAGCCUCCAGCAAGUCAGUGUCCACGAAGGACCGAGUUUCUUGGACUUCGAAAGGACAGAACGAAGAGAAUGAUGACUAUGGGAAGGCACUAGUAUCCAAGAGUAGCAGUAACAAGGAAUCCAGGUCAGCCAAAUUCCAUAAGGAGAAGACCCCAAAAGAACGAGAGUUAAAGUCUGGACACAAAGAUCGUUCUAAAAGUCAUCGGAAAAGAGACCCACCCAAAAGCUACAAAUCAGUAGAUAGCCCCAAAUGCAGAUCCAGGAGCCCUCACAGAAAAUGGUCUGACAGCCCUAAGCAGGAUGACAGCCCUUCUGGAGCAUCAUACAGCCAGGAGUUUGAUGUUAGUCCUCCAAGGUCUCAUACCUCCAGCAACUAUGAUUCCUACAAGAAGAGUGGGUCCUCAAAAAGACAGUCAACUAGUCCACCUUACAGAGAACCAUCGGCUUACCAGUCCAGCACCCAUUCACCCAGUCCAUACAGUAGGCGACAGAGGUCAGUGAGUCCAUACAACAGGAGGCGAUCAUCCAACUAUGAGAGGGGAAGUGGUUCGUAUGGUGGUCGUUCGCCUAGUCCCUACAGCCAAAGACGGUCUAGCAGCCCAUUUGUGACCAAGCGUUCUGUGAGUCGGAGCCCUCUUCCCAGGAAAUCAGUGAAGUCUAGAAGCAGAAGUCCUGUAUAUUCUAGACAUUCAUCUUCCCACAGCAAAAAGAAGCGAUUUGGUUCAUGCAGUCGACAUUCUAGUAUCUCACCUACCAGGCUACCUUUAAACUCCAGCCUGGGAGCUGAGCUCAGCAGAAAGAAGAAGGAAAGAGCAGCUGCAGCAGCUGCUGCAAAAGUGGACGGAAAAGAGGUGAAGGGGUCACCUGUAGUUUUGACUAAAAAAGAAAACAUCUCAGGAGAGGCUAAAGAAUCAAGCCUUGAGUCUAAAAAGUUAUCUAGAGUUUUAAAAUCUGAAAAAUCUGCUUCAGAUACAGAAUUGGUAAACUUAACACAUCUGAAUACAGAGAUUAAAACUGGAAAAGUAAAAUUAGAUGAGAACUCUGAGAAGCAUCUGGUUUCUACUAAAGACUUGAAAUCACAGGGAUCAAAGGACUCUAAACCCAUAGCAUUGAAAGAAGAGAUUGUGGCCCCAAAGGAAUCAGAGACAGUGGAAAAAGAGGCUCUUCCGCCUUUCACUGCAAUUACUUCUCCACCCCCUCUACCGACUACCACCCCUCUAUCUCAGACGCCUCCCCUGCCACCUUUGCCUCCAUUACCUGCUGUUCCACAUCAACCACCUCUGCCACUUCUCCAACCAACUUUUAGUCAGGUCUCUAAUUCUGUCACCCCAACUUUGUCAUCUACUCACCCAAGGACAUCUGCUCUAUCCUCUCAGGCAAACUCUCAGCCCCUUGUACAGGUUUCUAUGAAGACACAGGUGUCUUUGACAGCUGCUAUUCCACACCUGAAAACUUCAACUUUGCCUCCUCUGCCACUUCCACCCUUACUUCUUGGGGAGGAUGACUUGGAUAGUCCAAAGGAGAGUCUUCCUCCAAAACCUAUGAAGAAGGAGAAGGAACGAAGAAUUCGGCAUUUACUCAUGGACCUUCCUCUUCCUCCAGAGCUCCCUGGUGGUGAUCCAUCUCCCCCAGAUUCUCCAGAACCAAAGGCUGUCACCCCACCUCAGCAACCAUGUAAGAAGAGACCAAAAAUCUGUUGCCCACGUUAUGGGGAAAGGAGACAAGCAGAAAGUGAUUGGGGCAAGAACUGCGUGGACAAGUUUGAUAUAAUUGGAAUUAUUGGGGAAGGAACAUAUGGACAAGUAUACAAAGCCAAGGACAAAGAUACAGGAGAGCUAGUAGCCCUAAAGAAGGUGCGACUAGACAAUGAGAAAGAGGGCUUCCCAAUAACAGCCAUUCGUGAGAUCAAAAUUCUUCGACAGCUGAUCCACCGGAGUGUUGUUAACAUGAAGGAAAUUGUCACAGAUAAACAAGAUGCACUGGAUUUCAAGAGGGACAAAGGUGCCUUUUACCUUGUAUUUGAAUACAUGGACCAUGACUUAAUGGGGCUGCUAGAAUCUGGAUUAGUACAUUUUUCUGAGGACCAUAUCAAGUCUUUCAUGAAACAGCUAAUGGAAGGGCUGGAUUAUUGCCACAAAAAGAACUUCCUACAUCGGGAUAUUAAAUGUUCCAACAUUUUGCUAAACAACAGUGGACAGAUCAAGCUGGCAGAUUUUGGACUUGCUCGACUGUAUAGCUCUGAAGAGAGUCGUCCUUACUCAAAUAAAGUCAUUACGUUAUGGUAUCGACCGCCAGAACUGCUGCUAGGAGAGGAGCGCUACACACCAGCCAUUGAUGUUUGGAGUUGUGGUUGCAUCCUUGGGGAACUGUUUACAAAGAAGCCUAUUUUUCAAGCUAAUCUGGAGCUGGCUCAGCUCGAACUAAUCAGUCGGCUCUGCGGCAGCCCCUGUCCAGCUGUGUGGCCUGAUGUUAUUAAGCUGCCCUACUUCAGCACAAUGAAACUGAAAAAGCAGUACCGCAGGCGUUUGCGUGAGGAAUUCUGUUUUAUUCCUUCGGCUGCUCUAGACUUGCUCGACCACAUGCUGACACUGGAUCCUAACAAGCGUUGCACCGCUGAGCAGGCCCUGCAGAGUGACUUUCUUAGGGAUGUUGAGCUCAGCAAAAUGGCUCCUCCAGACCUCCCCCACUGGCAGGAUUGCCAUGAACUAUGGGGCAAGAAACGACGGCGACAGAGGCAGAGUGGCAUUGUGGUGGAGGACCUGCCUGUAGGGAGGGGGAGCAGGAGAGAAACUACCUCAGGAGCAAAUGUGGAGCCUGUGAAGAACAACAGUCCAGAAGCACCACCCCAGCCUGCUGCUGUCAAGGGGGACCCUGGGGCUGGGGAUGCAAUAGACCUUGGUGACUUCACACAGCAGCUGAAUCAAAGUGAGCUGGCAGUGUUACUGAACCUGCUGCAGAGCCAGACUGACCUGAGCAUCCCUCAGAUGGCACAGCUGCUUAAUGUCCAUUCCAACCCGCAGCUAGAAGCCCUGAACCAAUCCAUCAAUGCCCUCAAUGAAGCCACGUCCCAGCAUCAGGACUCUGAGCAUGUGGCCCCAGAGGAGACUGUGAAGGAGCCCCCUCAUCCCGUGGUAGCCAAGCCCUCAGCAGAGCAGACAACCCCUGAAGCAUCUGGCACACCAGGUGACAUGCAGAAUGUGCUGGCAGUCCUCCUGAGUCAGCUGAUGAAAACCCGGGAACCAACAGGCAGCCUCGAGGAAAACAAUGGAGAAAAGAGCAGUGGGCCACAGGGGCCCCGAAGAACUCCCACAAUACCACAGGAGGCAGCAGAGAAGAGACCCCCUGAACCCCCAGGACCUCCACCGCUGCCACCUCCACCCCCUCUGAGUGAAGGUGAUCUUUCCAGCGCCCCCCAAGAGUUGAACCCAGCUAUGACAGCCGCUCUACUACAGCUUUUGUCCCAGCCUGAAACGGAACCUUCUGGCCACCUGCCACAUGAGCACCAGGCAUUGAGACCUAUGGAAUAUUCUACCAGACCCCAUCCAAGUAGGACUUACGGAGGCACUGAGGGGCCUGAAUCAGGGUUCAGUGCUACUGACAUUGAUGAGCGCAAUUCCAGCCCAGCCUUGUCAGAACCUUUGGCCCAGACCCUGGCGAAGAGCAGGGCUUUCUCGGGCUCUGUGAGCCAUCUUGGGGAGUCGAGCAGUUACCAGGGCACGGGGUCAGUGCAGUUCCCAGGGGACCAGGACCUCCGAUUUGCCAGGGUCCCCUUAGCAUUACAUUCAGUGGUUGGGCAGCCAUUCCUGAAAGCCGAGGGAAGCAACAAUACAGUGGUCCACACAGAGGCCAAAUUGCAAAACUAUGGGGUACUUGGGCCAGGGGCCACUGGGGCCAGUGGUUCAGGAGCCGGCCUUAACUGGGGAGCCCAAGCACAGGCUACUGCUUAUGGAAAGCUCUAUUGGGGGUCUGGGAGAGUCCCACCAAGAGGGGCAAGAGGGAGAGGAGUUCCUUAUUAA